CGAACUCAAAAUUUAUUCCAAGAAGAAGAAGAAGAGGAAGAAGGAGGAGGAGGAGGAGGAGAAGAAGAAGAGAGGAGAGGAGGAAGAGAUGAAGCUAACCUGGUCUCCGGAGACGGCAUCGAAGGCUUACAUCGAGACCGUCACAUCUUGCAAAAAGCUACAGAAAGAAUCGGGUGUCGCUGAGCUAGUUUCAGCCAUGGCCGCGGGCUGGAAUGCACGUCUUAUAGUAGAGACGUGGUCGAGCGGUGGAGCCACCGCCACGAGCAUCGGCCUUGCAGUGGCAAGCCACCACACAGGGGGAAGGCAUGUGUGCAUAGUUCCCGAUCAGAAAUCAAAGUCUGAAUACAUGGAAGCCCUGGGAGAAACCGACGAGAACGUGGAAGUGGUGGUCGGAGAACCGGAGGAGGUGGUGGAGGUGUUAACGGGCAUCGAUUUCAUGGUAGUAGACUGCCAGAGCAAGGAUUUCGAGAAGAUCCUGAGAUCGGCUAAGUUGUCAACUCGAGGGGCAGUUUUAGUGUGCAAGAACGCAAGCUCGAGACUGAGUUUGAGCUUCCGAUGGCGGAGCGUUCUUGAUGCAGGGUCACGCCGUCUCGUGCGGUCGGCGUUUCUUCCCGUGGGCAGAGGGCUGGAUAUUGCCUAUGUUGCAAGCAUCAGUGGGAGCUCGAGCGCUGGCAAGGGCAAGAGCCGGUGGAUCAAGCAUGUUGAUCAGCAAUCCGGGGAGGAGAUUGUCAUAAGGAAAUGAAUUUCACAUCAGCAGUGGUUUUGAUUUUUGUCCUUGGCUUUUUUGUGUCUGUACAGUCUAACUAGUUAUAGAAUUUGCUGGGACA